UGCCUCCUGUAUCUUGUCUGGUUAUGUGUAGAAACACAAAAGCAUCAACGUGCUAUGAAGAGAUGCAUCAUCUUUUAUUCUUGUGCUUCUCUUGCACAGAGGCUGAAAGAGCUAAAACAAAGGGAAUUUGCACGGAACGUGGCUUCAAAAUCCUGGAAAGAUGAGAAGAAACAGGAAAAAGCACUCAAGCGACUCCAUCAGCUGGCUGAGCUGCGGAAGCAGUCAGAAUGCAUUGCUGAAUGCAGACCUGCGUUUAAAUCUCCCCAAGUGGUUGUAGAAAAAGAGCCGACGCCGCAAGAUAAACUUCUGUUAGCUCAAGAAGGCAAAGUCAAGAAUGCAGCUGAAGGAAAAUGCAUCACCAGCAGCACUUCAGAGAAGCAGCAGGAACUUUUGCUAAGCAAGAACCAGUCUUGCAUAGAGACACACCAUUUUCUUAGAAGCCACAUCUCUCCCGCAUUCUCCUGUGGCACCAAUGGCUGCAAUCGGGCCGGGGUGUCCUUUUCAUUCUCUAAAAAAGUCCACCUGAAGCUUGAGUCAUCAGCAUCCGUUUUCAGUGAGAACAUGGAAGAUGCAUAUGACUGCAUCAGAUCCCCUCGGCAUAAAGCAAAGCAGACUUCCGAAGAGUGCCGUGCGUGUAUACAUAUGAGGGACGAGAGGAAAGCAAAUGUGCAUAAACGGUUAGGCACCAUUCAAAGUCACCCAGACAGCUUCGCCUCCUGUAAUCUGGCUCGGAAAAAUCAACUGCAGAAAGAAAACAAUCAGUACAAGGACAGAGAGCAAACAGAAACUCAUACUUCAUUUCGUAAAGACAAACUACAUCUUCAAGAUUUGGAUUGUUCUGGGUCUCCUGGUGCAAAAGAACAAGGAGGAGAGUUGAACGAGACCCAGAAAUCCUUGGAAAACGUUGUUACACCUCAAUGCCAAACGAAUAACAUUUGUAUGCAGCAAAACACUUACAAGCACAGUGAUGGCCUGUUACCAGAAUGUGUCUCUGAGUCCUUAGCCCAACGAUCAUCUGAGCAAGGACAUCAGUGUGAGGGAAACUACAAUCCCUGUGUAUUCAAACAAUCUUCUGAUUGUACAGAAGCUGUCAAUGCAGAUGCUGAAAUGCCUAGGGAUAAUGCACUGGUUCAUGAAAUUAAGCCUAAAGCAUUGCCUUUUCUUCAUGUACUGAGCAAAGAUGGCAGGACAGCCUUACGGUGGCCCACAGAACUUCUUUUGUUUACAAAAACAGAACCCUCCAUUUCCUAUGGUUGUAAUCCAUUGUAUUUUGAUUUUCGGCUCUCCUUAUCUCAUAGAGAAAGUGGGCAUCAUGACGUUGACGAAGAAAGUCCUAAUGAGCACUCAACAAGAACUAUGGACAUAGAUGGAAAUGACGCCUCAGAUCUAACUGAGAACAAGCAACUGUCCAGUGAAAAAGAUAAUCAGUCUUUGAAGCCAAAGAAGAAGAAAAGAGCUCUAAGCCUCAAAAAGUCCUGGCCAAAAUUGGAUUCAGACACAGAGAAUGAAAUGAGUCAAAGUGCUCCAAAGUACGUCUCAGAUGAUUUGAAUGAAAACCUACCUGAAGUGCCUGCACCCCUUGAUUGCUCAAAAAGGCGUUACACGAGAGCAACAAGUCCACACACAACAAUGCAUGUGAGAUCUUUAGCACAGCAGUUGCAGAACUGUGAGGAGGAAGUAACUGAAAACCUUUGCAUUUAUCCCUUGGUGUCUAGGACAAAGAAGCAAAAAUGUGCAAAAUGUGAUUUAAUGUAUGCCCAAAGACAAACCGACCUGGAUUUGGUCACCUGCAGCAGUGACAUAAGUGACAGCGGGAAAGAUUCCAUUCUCGGAUACAAGUUAGAUUCACCCAGGGAGUCCAUGGGAAACGAAGGCAAUGGGAAUUUUGCUGGUUGCUGGAAAUUCACUCCUUUGCAAAAGCCCUUUUCUGACAGACAGUCUAAUUAUUCUGACACUUCUGUUAGCAGUGCAACUAGUUACGCUAGUUGCUACUCUAGUCACAGAUCAAGUGAUCACAGCAGAAGUCAUUUGCCUUUUUGCUGCAAAAGGAAACAAAAGCCGGUUGAAAGGCAGAAAUGUAAACACAAAAAGCACAAUUGCAUUUCAUCUUCUGAUGAUGCAGAUGGGGGCUGCCUUUUCAACAAAACAAGUCAAAGAUCUAGAAACUGUGCACACAGGCAUAUGGCAAAAAAUCAAAGACAUUCGAGAUAUAGACAUUUACUACAAAGAGAUGUAUCAAAGCAAAGCAGGAAUAGACACCCUCUUUGUAAACACAGCAGGAGCAGGAGCUACAGCAGCUCCAAAGGUUCUUCCACCCAAGAUUCAGGAAGCAGCGAAAGAUCAUCAAGCUGCACCAGAUCAAGAGCCAGCAGUUCGGGAUCCCUUGCAAAAGAAUUGGUGCUUGACUGGAACAAACACAAAAAGGAUAUGAAAAGCACCGACAGAGCUGAACCAGGAAAAUCAGACUCUGCACACUCAGACUGCCAGAAUGAAAGUUGUCCAUCAAAACAAGUUGGAAGCUGCUCCAUCAACCACUUAGGAAGGAAAGCAGUGGGGAAGAAGUCGUUAACGGCCAAACUCCUUUUAGAGAGGGUGAAAUCAAAGCGAAACCAGGAGCAAACUCAGAACACUGAAAGCUUUUCAAAUACCUGCGAGAAAGAUCUCCCCCAUAGUCAACCAGGUGUUAAAGGUGCAUCAUCAGUGGAUAGUGAAGCAAUGUUACCUUUGCUUGAGAAAGCCCUUCACAUUGAUACGAGCAGCAGGUGGAACAAUGGAACUGGCUCUGUGGAAAGCAGCACAGGCACAGAGCGAGCCGAAGCUUCAGCGAUAGAUAAUAUUAUUCUGACAGCUAGCACUAACUAUGGCAAUAGCCUGCUUAACGACUUAGGUUAUCAGGCCCUGAAUAGGGCACAGGACACUGCAACGAAGCAUCAACCCCUACUACAAAGCUGUGACUCGGUGCCAAAUGGUUUUCCUGGUGCUUUUCCUUCUCAUGGAUAUUCUGCUGUUCCCAACCUAACAGAGACCAAAGAAGAACACCAUGCAGGUGUAGACUUGAGUGGAGUGGAAGGGGAUCUGAACUGCUACUCUGACAGUGCUAUGCAUAAAUCCGGUGAAACAGAAAACAAGACUGAGCCGUACAGUAAGUGCAUCCCCUCUCCUUUAACGCAGCAGCCUAUAACCUUUUCCCCGGAUGAGAUAGACAAAUAUAGGUUUCUUCAGCUGCAGGCCCAGCAGCAUAUGCAGAAACAGCUUGUGGCAAAGCAUCGCAAGGUUGUGCCUGCCCCGGGACCAGCUGCCUUCUCUGCCUCCCCAGCUGUCCCUGUUCAGCAGCACUCGUCUGUUGCCACCCUCCGCCACACGCUGCUGCAGAGCUUUGCCCUGUCCACCGGAGUACAUCCUCACAGCAGCCAUCUUUCCCUGACUCAUAUACAUCCAUUCUCACCAUCGCCUUUUGCUCCAUUCUCACUCUCGCCCUUUACUCCGGCCUUCAUGCCCGCGCACUCGGCGCUCCUGGCGGGACACCCGUUUCAUUUCGUAUCGGCGACUCCCAUCCACCCAUCCCAUCUGGCAAUCCCGCCGCUGCCCCACGCAGCCUUUAUUCCUACCCUGUUCACGCCCCAGCUGAACGCAGCUGCAUCUUCUGCCGUACAUCUCAACCCCUUGAUCCAUCCAUUAUUCCAGACUCAAGAACUUCAGCAUCGUUCCUGACCUUGUCGGAUGUGUUGGUUAUCUGGAACGGAAAUGAAGAAGGUGUCAUUUUCCCUUUUAAAAUUGCAAAGUCAUUGUCCUACGCUCCAAAAGCAAUUUAGAAUGACAAUUCCCAUUCAGCAGCCUAAUUGCAUAUCUUAUGAGAGACAUUGCGGACAUCAAGGUCUGGCUGACGCAGCACAUGAUUGUUAAUUUGAUUUUCACAUUCCUUACAAUAAUAGCCUUCCCAAACCUGUUGCCCUCCAGAUAUUAUCGGACUACUGCUCCCAUCAUCCUGACCAUUGGCCACACUGGCUGGGGCUGAUGGGAGCUGUAGUCCAAAACACCUGGAAGGCAUCAAGUUGGCAGAGGCUGUCUACAGCUUUCGUACAGCCUUUUAUGCUAUAAUAGGCUUGUGGACAUUUUAAUCGUUUUCACAAGAAACAUAAGUUAGAAGUACAGGCAUCCACCCACGUACAUUCCAGGCCCCCAUGCACAUAACCAAAAUCACAUAAAGUGGGGAUGAUCCUCUAAAAAGCCUCAAAAAACAUUUUUUCCCCUGCUGUCCCAUUUCUCUUUUCCCCAAAAUAUCCGGAGUUGUAGCUCUGGAGCCAGCUUGAGGAUGUGCGGGAAAGGUUCACAGGCACUUCCCCCCAGGUUGAGAAGCCCUUUUCCUCCAGACAAACACAUCUGUCAAACCCUCACAUGGUACACAGGCAUUCACAGAUGGGGACAAAAAAUGGUCAGUUCACCACAGAAAAGGUUUCCCCUAUCUGAAAUGUUGUGGAACUUGGCUUUCUAACAACAUAAUACGACACCUGUUUUGUCAGUUUCAGAAGCAUUCAAAUGACAAGUGGAAAGGAUUGUCAUGAUCUCUGUUUGUAAGAACUCCCUCCCCCCGCCCCCAAGCACUGGAAGAUGCAGCCAUUCCAAAUAGCCACUAAAGUACAGCAAAUUGUAAGUUCUGACCCGCAUCUUAUUUCCUUGAAACUCAAUUCCAUUCAAACGUUGAGAUGUUUUCUAAGUAAAACAAUUCAUUUCAGGAUGCAAAUUUUAAGAUAUGUGUUAAUCAGACAGUGAGGUACUUACCCCAGUAAGUAAAGUAGGAGGAAGGGAUUUAUUUAUGGACUUUUGUCAAACCAUAAAGUAUAUUUCAUGAACACCCGCUGAUGUGAUCCACACAGAACUGUCUGAGCCUGCAGCAAGACAGUUCAGAAAGAAGACAUUAAAAACAGAUGUGGAGGCGCCCUAAGACAGAAUCAGCACUAAAUGAGGGUUGGGUUAGCCUUUUGCCUGCACCAUUUUCCCUACUGAAGUUGUCUUCCGAAGUUGCUAUUUUCCAGCUUAAAGGUGGGCAAUUUAAAUCAGGAAAAUGUUGGAAGGAAGGGUUUUUCCUCUCUCUCCCCCUAAUGUCUAGAUCCUGAUCCAAUUGCCCACUCCACUGGCCUUUAACAUUAAGUAAAAGUGAGAUAUUCUGAUCAUGGAUUUCCUACAUUGCCCCAAGCUCAUCCCUUAGAAGGAUUCAACAUGCAUUCAGCUUCCAGAUCAACUUGCAUUCUACAAAAGUAAAAAAAAAAACCCAGCUGCAUCUUCCACCAGUUACAAGAUGGAAUUCCAAUUCAGUCUCACCUAGGGUUAGUUUUAAAAGUUCACUCUGUACAGGAGAGGGACAAAAGUGAUCAGGCAAGACCAACCAACCAGAUGUAACUGUUUCCCUGUUACGAAAGCCUCUCUGUAAAACACUGAACAUGUCUGUUUGUUAUGCAGCUUUGCAAAAAAAGCAAACAAAUAAAUAUGCCACUUGAUUCAUUUUUCAAAGUGUUUAGUUUAUAUUGAAACUAAAUAAUACUCUGGCUAGUAUAACCUGUAAACUAGUUAUUUUGUUUUGUAUUCUCUGUAAAAAAAAAAGUGUUUUAUAUUAUACAGUAGAUAAGUGAAUUGCACUAUUGAACAUGCAAUGCAGCUUUUUUUUUCUUCCUUUCAUUAUUCAAGUUGUUCCUGGGAAUGUAGUUUCAUGCAAUAAUUUUUUUCAAUAAAAAUGCUUAAUGACA